AAAUACUGAAGAGGAAGCUGACAAACCGAAAGCGUCAAAAGAGCUCAAGUUGUGUUCCUGCUGCACAAGAGCGUCUGUACUUCUGCAGGUGAUGGUCAGCGGCUGAUUGUUUCCUCAAAGCUCUGCUAAUGUCUGCAUUGGUGUUUUAGCUGCAGUAUGGCAGAGGAGCGAGUAAAGGACUCUCUCUCAGAGAAACACAGUGUGAGAUCAGGAUCAUGUGUGUCCAGCUCUGUGUCUCUGAAGAGUGACCGGUCUAAAGAGUGGAAUCCACUAAACUUUAGAGAGAAAACACCAUCAUCUGCUCAAAGUGUUGAAUAUGAGUUAGCAGAUUCAGGAGACGAGACUCACAGGAGACACAAGAGCUUCACAGACAAUCUCCAGUCAAUCUUCCAGAAUCUUGAGAGUAAAAUGAUCAGAUUUCUGAAGAAUGAACUGGAGAAAUUUAAGAAAAUCUUACAAGCAGAAAACAGACAAGAGUUUGUAAAGGACUUUAAUGAGAACAGAAGCAGAAUCACAGAAGCAGCUCUUGAUCUCACACUCCUCUUCCUGAGAGAGAUGAAGCAAGAUCAAGCUGCUGAUACUCUUGAGGAUGAGCUGCUCUUCAUUUAUCAGCUUAAAUGUAGCCUGAAGAAGAAAUAUCAAAGUGUGUUUGAAGGAGUUGCUCAGCAAGGAGACUCCACACUUCUGAAUAACAUCUACACAGAUCUCUAUAUCACUCAGGGUGCGAGUGAACAGGUCAACACUGAACAUGAGAUCAGACAGAUUGAAGCUGCUUCCAGACGUCAUCAGUCACUAGAGAUACAGGUUGAAUGCAAACAUUUGUUUGAAGCAGCUGAACAAGACGAGCAGAUCAGAACUGUCCUGACGAAAGGAGUUGCUGGCAUCGGGAAAUCAGUCUCUGUGCAAAAGUUUGUUCUGGAUUGGACUGAAGGGAAAGAAAAUCAAGACAUCAGCUUCAUAUUUCCUCUUCCAUUCAGAGAGAUGAACUUAAAGGAGAAAGAAAGACAAAGUUUAAAAGACCUCAUAACUCAGUUUUUCCCAGAGACUAAAGGACUGAACCUUACAAGAAGCACACGAUUCAAAGUCCUGUUCAUCCUUGAUGGAUUGGAUGAAUGUCGUCUUCCUCUGAACUGAAUCAGAAUCAGAAUCAGAAUCAGAAAGAGCUUUAUUGCCAGGUAUGUUCACACAUACGAGGAAUUUGUUUUCGUGACAGAGCUUCUACAGUGCAACAGGAUUACAGAGACAGGACAAAAAACAGAUAAUAAAUAUAUUUUUUUUAAAAAUAGAAGUAAGUAGUGAGUGCAAAUAUACAGA